AUGCCACCAAGAAAGAAAUCAGCCAAAAAGAAGGAAGAGGAAGAGAGUGACGAAGAAAUACUAGAAGAACCAACCGAAUUUAAUAUUACAAUAGAUGAUGAUGUUAAACCUUUCACAAACGAAUAUGAUGAAUUAGUUAGAUUUGAUUCUCUCGAAAAGCUUCCUUCCGAAGUUGUAUUUGAAAUAUUUAGCUUUUUACCUUCUAUUCCAUACUAUUUUAAAUUGCAAUUGUUGAGUAAAUUCUACAAGGAAAAGUUUCAAGAAAUUAUUACCCAAACAAAACAUUUAGAUCUUGCACCACUCAAUCUUCAACAUCAUGCAAUUUGGCCUAAAGUAUGUCAAAUGAUCAAAGAUUGUGGAUCUUCAUUAAAGAGUAUUCAAUUUGGAGAAUUAAAUUACAAAUGGAAUGAAAUCAAGGAAGCAAUUCUAAAGAAAUGUUCCAAAUUGGAAGAACUUGCAUUAGUAACUCCUACCAUGUACUUUACUUCAUUAUUCAGAAAGGAUGGCUCUUACUAUGGAUAUUAUGGUGGCCCUACUGUUGACUACUCUGAAGAUAAAAAAAACAGAGAUGUAUGGUGUGAUACUCUUACCACACUCAAUGUGAUUGGUUUAGAAAAGCCAAGAAAAGGCAGACGAAAUCAUAGUUACCUUCUCACAAGUGCCACUUUCAAAUAUAUUCUUGAAAAAUUCCCAAAGCUCAAAAAUAUUAAUUUCAUUCUUACUAAUUAUACAGAAAUGCAAAUUCAAUCUCUUUAUGAUGCAGUUGUAAGAAAUAGAAAGAGAUUACUUGAGUGGAGAGAAAAGGGUGGUAGUACUGAUGGCCUUUAUGAACGAACUGGAAUUUGGUAUGAAGAAGCUAUUGGAAUUGUAGAUUUUGAUAUUCCACACGAUUUGAAAAUCAAUGUACAAGGAAGUAUUGGAAAAUUAUCAUCAAUCGAUGCUGCUAAAAAUAUUGUAGAAGUUUACAAUAUCAAUCCAAAUACCAAGUUUGAAUUCUUAUUCCAGAAGAAUUCAAAUGGUACAUUACUAGAUCAAAUUAUUGGUAGCCGUGCUGCUUACAAACAAAAACAUCAAGUUUUAAAGCUAGUUCCAGAAAAAUUAGCCGAAACACCAACUGGGCAAGUUAAACCAACUCUCUCCCAUGCCAUUUCCAAUUCUGAUAUACCUGAUAGUGUAAUUAAUUAUAUUUUUGAUUUUAUUGUAAAGCCAAGUUAUGCAUUGAAUGUGUUCACAAAUACAGCUACUGGUGAAACUAUUAUUCAUCAGCUGAUUGCUGCUGACAGACUUGAACCUCUGCGUCUAUUGCUUGACAUGCUUAAGGAACAAGAAAGAAUUUCAAAAAUUAUUAACAUUCCAAAUAAUUCAGGAGAUACAGCACUUCAUAUGGCCUGCAAAAAUAACAAGAUUCAACUAGCAAAAGACUUGGUAAAUCAUUAUAGUGCUAAUAAGAAUUUAUAUAACGCCGAUAAUCAAUUCCCUUAUGAUUUAUUGAAAGUUAGCUCCCUUUCAUUCCUUCCUGAAAUUUUAAAGCCAGAUGAGGAAAAAGUUGAAGAGCUUAAAGAGUCCAUAAAACAGAAGGAAAAAGAAAUGCUUAAAGCACAAAAGAAAAAAUCUCCAAAAAAGUCAGCAACCAAACGUAAAAAGGAAGAAAAGGAAUCUGAAGAGGAGGAAGAGGAGAAACCAAGAAGGUCAACCAGAAAGAAAACCAAAAAGGAAAUCCCAGUUGAUUUAACUGACGAUGAUGAACAGGAAGUAGUUGAGGUGGAAUCUGAGGAGGAAGUAAAACCAAAAAGAAAGCCAAGAACCUCGAAAAAAAAGUAACAGUAUUUCCAAUGAGUAUCAAUAAUAUCACCUUAGAAUUGUUUAAUAAAUUGACAUUAAUUAG